AUGUUUUUCAUAAAGGAUCUUUCCCUCAAUUUGCAAUUACACCCAUCGUACUUUGGUCCGCAAAUGAACCAGUACUUGAGAAACAAAUUGCUCACUGAUGUCGAAGGUACGUGUACUGGUCAAUUCGGGUAUAUUGUUUGUGUGUUGGACUCGAUGAAGAUCGACGUUGGCAAAGGACGAGUAUUGCCACAAAACGGGGCGGCGGAAUUUGAAGUGAAAUAUCGUGCGGUGGUAUGGAAACCUUUCAAAGGAGAAGUCAUGGAUGCCGUGGUGAGUAGUGUCACCAAGAUGGGGGUGAUUGCCGACGCUGGGCCUUUGUCGGUGUUCAUCUCCAAACACUUGGUCCCCAGCGAUAUGCACUUCAAUCCGAAUUCUAACCCUCCAGCCUACGAAUCCGAAGACCAGAUCAUUGAAAAAGGUAGUAGAAUAAGAUUGAAGCUCGUGGGUACCAGAACUGACGUCAAUGAGAUUUAUGCCAUUGGUAGUAUCAAGGAAGAUUAUUUGGGAGCAUUAUAA